GUGCUCAGAAUAAGUAGUUAAGCACAGGAAAGACCCGUCGUACGCAGACUGUUUUCAUGAUUUUUGCUUGUGGUCGAAAGCUGUUCAAUUUUUUGUCAGAUACCGUUAGUUGGUCCGCUGUCCGAGAACUAGGCUACAUCUGCAAUGCGCUAAAAUAGCCUGACCCGGAAGCAAAACAAGACCUGAAAUUGAGCUGUUGCGACAAGUGGACAACACUUAUCAGUGUACAUACUUACGGCUCGACCGACAUCUUGGAUUUGGAACAAGGCAUGAAUGUAUGUUAAGGAAGUAGAAAAAUGCCGCACAGAAGAGCAAGAAGGGGCGAACCAAGCUGGUUUCAGACGGCAAACGACGAUGCCACGUCGUUCUGGUUUCGGGACUUGAUACGCAUGGGCAUCCUUCCGGAGGCCUGGGGCCGGCAGAGGGUGCCCGGGCCCCGGUACAAGCCGUGGUGGUUCCGCGGGGAGCGGAAGGGGCACACGGUGGUCCUCAUCGUGACCGAGAUCGGCUUCAUGUCGGCAAUAAUCGGCUUGAUCGUCGGGCUGCACAUGAACUACCUCGGCCCCAUCAUUUUCGCAGUAGGGAUCAUUCUGCUCGUACCGGCUGGGUUCUGGUUAAUCUGGGAGUUCAACAUGGCGACUCGAGCUGACAGACGAGAGAGACAAAGACGAGAAGAAGACGAGGAGGCUGGAGAUGGGGAGGAGGAUGCUGAUGAUGAAGAGGAGGAGGGGCCUGUCGCGGAGAGGAGAUCACGAGAGGGCGUCAGAGAAGACCUACCUAGCGUGAGAGAUGGCGGGCAGAUCCAAGUGGUCGUCCCAUCACCACCUCCGUACGAGGAAGUGACGUCAGAAGACCGCCGCCAUCUUGGGAACCAGAGCGAGGCUGGCGCUGCCCCUCGGCCGCCACCGUACGCGUCCGUGGCGGAAGCUGACGAGCGAACACGACAACAAACGUCUCGGACAGAAGAACCACGGAGUUCCGAACAAUGCCCGUCAUACACAGAGGCAAUAAGAAGCCCUACAAGUGCGAGUCCUACCGAAGAAAUGCCCCAUGAACUACCACCCGUGCCACCCCCUGCUUACGAAGAGGUCGUCAACAGAUAGGGGCAAAAACACUGUGUCACGUGUAAUAGCUAUAAUAUAUCAUUGAUGGAAACCUAUAUGAACUUGAACUCAUACAAUAAACAUUUAUUCUAUUUUUUUGUUAUCUAUGUUUGCACUUAGUGCACCUGCAACUGUUCAAUCUAUUGUUCCAUGUUAAAACAAUAUCUUAUCGAACACAAUGCUAAUACCCAAGUGAUUGCACUGUUGACUGUAAGAUUAUGAGGGAGAACUUUUUCUAAGCAAUUGAAACCAAAAGAAAAUUACGAUGUUUUCAUAUACCAAGAACACGGUGAAAAAUUGAAAUGUUGCUGAUAUUGCGUAAUACCAACGUAGAUAGGCAAGAUACAUAAAUAGUCACGAAAGUUAUUUUCAUGUUUGAACUGCUGUACAUCGUAUGCGUAAUGUUGCCCCUGUAUCUAUCAUACAGUGACGUAACCUCGCUCACCAGACAAUUUUAUGUCAUACAAUAAGGCUUUUCUUUUCACUAAGGACAUGUCAACAAAGCCUGACCAGCACCUGGUAAGCAAGGUUAAAAUAGACCUAUUCGGUGACGUUGAUGUUUGAUAUUUGUAGGAUCAGCAUCAAGCUCACAUGCUACCAAUAUCACAAAGUGUGGCAUUGUACAGUGUAACUGUCACAACUGUAUUAAAUUUGAAGUCGGUAAAGAUAAGCAAACCAACUCGGGUAUGUUGUACAGUAUGCGUUUAAGAAGUUUAAGAAGGCAUAAAAAGAGUCAUUAUGUUAUAGUAGUAUUUCCGUGAAUGCUUAAGAUGACAAUAUCACUAGGAUUGGUACUCGUAUAAUGCUUUCCAUCGGAUUUGUUACAAAUACAUAUGAUCACUAGUAUUGCAAGAAUUUUUCUUAAUCCAUAUCCGCGUGAUCCAUAUUUGCAUGAUCAAUUCAAAUUUUCGGCUCGGUAUUGAUGAAAGAUAAAUAAUAUCUACCACCCAGUUAACUUCAGCUGAUAGUUGCAAAUGCCAUUAAUGAUUACUGAUGCAAUCAGUAGCUAAACGUAAUAAAUUUACAUGCGACUAGCAUGGAGCCAUCUGAGUCGUCUGAUUGAAGGCCAUAUAUUGCCAUAAAGGCCAUAUGAGGCUAUUGCCAUAAAAAUCACAUAAGCCCGUAUAAGCGCACGUUUUGAAAUCCAACAUUUACGUCUUAAAGGAUGCAUAAAGAUGUUCUUUUUAACGAAAGCAAUGAUUUCUGGAUUCAUUACGGAUGCUAAACUUUUCCUUUCAGUGCACACAAAAAUCAAGGCCCCCUUUCCACUAGCUGCGCUCUUACUUAGACCUACAACGCAUGUGAGUGACCUUUGACUUUAAAGUGGGUCUAUCAUACAAAAUGUAAAAGUGUGACUGAAAAGACGAGAAAACACAAUGCGAAAAAGGAAAAUAAGUCUUCUUCUUUACAGUUUUCUUUACUACACAUUAGAUAGGACUUACGUUGGGACGACCAAGUAGAUGUGAUGGUGUCUAAAGCCAGCAAGCGUCUCUUUGUCGUCAGUAGACUGCGCCGAUCCGGAGUACCAUUUAUUUAUUUUAUUUAUCUGAUCUCACUAUCAUAUACUGCGGGUACAUUCGUCUCAUCCUAGAAUAUGGUGCUCCUUGCUUUAGUGCCGCACUCACAAGCAAACAGUUUGCAGCCCUAGAGCGUGUGCAGACUGAACGUGCCUGCAAAAUGAUCAUUGGACGCCGGUACAACUCCUACUCAGAAACGCUAGAACAGCUCAAUCUCCAACGCCUAUCAGACCGCCGUAGGAGCCUGUGUGUUGACUUUGCUACCAAAGUUGAGAAAUCCCCACGGUUCUGUUCUUGGCUGCCCCCCACCCGUGUCCAACAGCAUGGUGGAAACUUACGCAACUCUGGACAGUACCAGCAGCCUUCUGGGUCAAAGCGCUACAUGUCAAGCGCCAUCCCGGCCUUGUAGAAACGCUUAACGGACUCUAACUGAACUUUACUCCUCAGUCACACUAUGACAAUUAUUGCCUCUUCAUGGUGAUUUACGAUCUCUUUUUUUUUUAAGUUGUCUUGUUGAAGUUUUAAGUCUACAUAAAGUCUAAGUCUGUACGUAUUACUUCGAUAUUGUAUUUUAACCAGUAACUAUUGACCCAUUGUUUUAACGUCGUGCAUAAAGUUUUCUAAUUGAUGUAUUUUCAAUAGAACAUGAUUGUAUUGUCCUCGCAAUUCAGCCUCAUAGGCUGCCAGGAGGACUAUUAUGCUUAUUGCUUAAUAAACCAGUCUACUACUACUA